AUGUCUGUUACAACUAAACAACAACCAAUUCCAUUAUACAAUAAAAAGCUGUACGUUGAUGGUCAAUUUGCACCCUUUUCUGGCUAUACUAUUGUUUCUCAUGCUGUACAUCCUUUACCCAAGGAACUACUUCAACUUCACGAAUAUCUAACGAAUAGUGAAUUAAAGAACUAUUAUUCAUUUUUACCUGUGCAGAGUUUUCAUGUUACAAUCAAUCCACUGAGUAAUGUUAGAAGGGAACACGAACCGCUGAUAUUGGAACAACAACGUCGAUUAAAAGUACAAGGCGAUAAAACAAGAACCGAAUGUAGAGGAGUGGCAGUAAAAUGUGAAAAUGUAUUACUGAUCGAAAUUGAAUUUGAUAAAGAAUUUGAAGAGCUAGUACAAUCACUUGUCGCAAAAGAAUGGUAA